CCCUGCUAUAUAUAUUCACUCUCAUAUGCUCUUACGUACCCAACUUUCCAUUACUGUAAUUAAUAAACCUUUCUAUUUUCUCUUUGUCUCAUAUUUACAUCAUGGGCAAAUCUGCUUGCUGUGACAAAAAUGGAUUAAAGAAAGGUCCUUGGACUGCUGAGGAAGAUCAGAAGUUGAUAGAUUAUAUUCAGAAACAUGGGCAUGGCAGGUGGCGAACCCUCCCAAAGAAUGCAGAACUUAAAAGAUGUGGGAAGAGUUGUAGACUUCGCUGGACUAAUUACCUGAGACCUGACAUCAAAAGAGGGAAGUUUUCUAUUGAGGAAGAAGAGGCCAUCAUACAAUUGCAUAGUAUAUUGGGAAAUAAGUGGUCUGCUAUUGCUUCUCGCUUGCCUGGAAGAACUGAUAACGAGAUCAAGAAUUUCUGGAAUACCCACAUCAAGAAGAGGCUACUGAGAAUGGGAAUUGAUCCUGUGACCCAUAAGCCACGCCUGGAUCUUCUUCAACUCUACUCCGUUCUCAAUUCAUCUCUUUGCAACUUAUCUCAUCAGAUUAAUCUUUCAAAUUUGCUUGGGAUUGAAUCCAUAUUGAAUCCAAAUCUAGCCACUUCUCUCCUGUCAACUCAAAGCAACAGCCAAGAUAUCAUUCCUAAAAAUUUUCAAGAAAACCAACUUGACAGUUCCUAUGUUCAAAACCAAUUCCAGAGCGUACAGCCAAACCAAAUUCAAGCCUGCAUAGACUCAAGUACCCAAUUUAUGAAUGAAACCCAACUCUUGCAAGCCAAUUUGGAGCAACUUUCCACCAGCCAAACCAAUUUCAACUGUCAAAAUUCUUUACAAGGUUUAUGGCAAGAAACUGGAAAAUAUCCUAAUAUGGGAGAGAGCUUGAUGCCAAACUGUGCAUAUCAUGAGAUCAGUAACCAAGCCAUGAUGAAAUGUUCAUUUGAAAAUCUAUCAAAUUUGGGUUUUAACUCAUCAAUGAUAUCUACACCUUCAUCGAGCACGACUCCAUUGCAGUCUUCGUCAACAACGUAUGUCAAUGGUGGCACAGAAGACGAAAGGGAUAGCAACUGUAGCAACAUUUUAAUGUUUGAUAUUCCAAGUAGCUUGGAUGUCAAUGGGCUCUUGUAAUUAAGUUUAAUUAAGUAGCUAGAUGUUUGCCUUUUAUAAAUUUCUUAAUCAUCAGAUUUUUUUUUUUUUUUUUGAGAUUUUGAUUAUUGAAUGUGAAUACUUGAUGUA